AUGCCUUCUGACUGCAUAGAGAAAAAGUACGUGUUUGAAAGACCAUUUGGGGUAGUUUUUCCUACCAGAGAAGAAUGGAAUAACAACACGAUUUAUACAAAAAAUGAUGAUCUAAUCCGGUUCACCGAUGGAUCAAAGAAAGGUAACCUCUCAGGACUGGGGGUCUGUGGCGUGUCACCAAGAUUCGAUCUUUUUGAAGAGCUUGGGGAACAUGCUUCUAUCUUUCACGCGGAGGUACUUGCUAUCGUCAACUGUCUGCAGAUAAAUAUUAAGAAAGGCUACCAUGAACUGGCAAAAAGGAAUAAAGUAAUUCUUAUUUGGGUACCAGGACAUAUAGGAAUUGAUGAUAAUAAAAGAGCUGAUGAACUCGCAAAACAGGGAUCCUCUUUCAAUCCAACAGGAACGAAACCCUUCUGCGGAAUUAAUAUGAAGACUACAAAGAAGGCCGUCCUAAAAUGGGAAAAACAGGAGAUGAAGAAAGUUUGGUGCAAUUCUCCUGGACAAAAACAUGCUAAAAGCAUGAUCAUCAGUCCAUCUGCAAAAAUUGCUUCUGAAAUCCUUUGGUUCCGAAGAUUGAAGAUUCAAACAAUUGUAGGCUUCAUCACUGGUCACUAUCAUUUUAGGAAACAUCUACAUAGAAUGGGACUUUUCGAACAAGAACCAAUAUGUCGGAAAUGCCGUGAAGCGGUAGAAUCAGCACAUCACAUCCUGUACGAGUGUGAUGCCCUCGCCCUUACGCACCUCACUUACCUUAGGCAAUCCAUAUCCUCCUAA